AGUAGGCAGCGGGUCCGAAAGCGUAAAGAUAGAAUUGAAACACCGAGCGUGCCCGCUCCAUAAAAAAAACACCGCCAUAGAAAUGGGGUUUGGGGUCUCAUGCAUCAUCUUGGAAAUUGUAUAGUCGUUGGUUGGACUUAUCGCUUAAAGUAUAUGAAGCUAUGCUAUUUCUGUCAUCAUAUUCCACCUGUCAAUCAGACUAUAGUCUUAACUAACCUAUGCCCAUGAGAAACCCUGUGCGAAGCAAAUUGAAAGAAGAAAUCUGAUCAGCUUAUGCUAGCCCAGCCCCCUAGUACACUCGUGGAUAGUUGAAGUGUGACCAGAUAUGCGAUUACCCGAGUGUCACACGAUAAUGAAGAUAAUGAAUUGCCCGUCACGAAGCGCACAUAGACAGACAACACACAUGCUGGCUGGCUGGCAGCUUUCAUUCUGGCCUAGCAAAUGAAUAAAAUUCAAGGCGUCGUCGCCUUGGCCAUGUUCUCUUCCAACAAGGACACGGACUCCCACACAGGGACACUUGUUGCUGCCGCCCUGCCCUGCCCUGCCACUGGCUGUUGCAAAUCCCAGGCAACAUCAUAAUGAGCUUCUGGCUGGGCAUAACUUCCGCCUGCCGGCAUUUGUUUUUAUUUUCGCCACAGCUCCUUCCACCACUCGUACGCAUCGUUUGCUCGUUUAAAUUCUUCGUAGGACAUCGUUAUCCAUUUGUGAGCCAGUUCGCAUUGACACUUUCACCCGGACGGUUGUGAACGCUCCCUGCUGUUGGCUGUUCUGUUUCCCCCUGAUAGUCAUGUCCACUGCGCUACGUCGGGUGCGCAAGUACUUCAUCUCAUCACAGGUCUAUGAGGCACUACGUCCGUUGUUCUUCCUCACAUUUCUGUACGGACUGACGCCGUUCCAUGUGGUCCGUCGGAAGAUGGGGGAAUCCUAUCUGAAGAUGUCCUGCUUUGGCGUAUUCAAUAUCUUCAUCUACAUAUGCUUGUGCGGCUUCUGUUACAUCUCAUCGUUGCGGCAGGGCGAGUCCAUUGUGGGCUACUUCUUUCGCACGGAAAUCUCCACCAUCGGCGAUCGUUUGCAGAUCUUCAAUGGCCUGAUUGCCGGAGCUGUGAUCUACACUUCGGCCAUCCUGAAACGUUGCAAGCUGCUGGGAACCCUGACGAUCCUUCACAGUCUCGAUACGAACUUCUCCAAUAUUGGGGUGCGCGUCAAGUAUUCCCGUAUCUUCCGAUAUUCGAUACUGGUGCUGGUCUUCAAGCUCCUCAUUUUGGGUGUGUAUUUUGUGGGCGUGUUCCGGCUGCUCGUCUCCCUCGAUGUGACGCCCUCGUUUUGUGUCUGUAUGACAUUCUUCCUGCAACAUUCAGUUGUUUCUAUCGCGAUUUGCUUGUUCUGCGUGAUUGCCUUCAGCUUCGAGCGUCGUCUCAGUAUCAUCAAUCAGGUGAGUGUGAGGGGGCGAGUGCCUCUGGUAAAUAUUUACCCGCAAAAAGCCACAAAAAGCAGGUGCAGACAGCGUGACUGUCCGAGGGUAAUCGCUUUUACCAUCACGUCGCUUUAUUGCUCGUGCCCCAAUGAAGUGAAGUGAAAAUUAAUUUAUGUAAAUCCAGGGAAAC